AUGUCUGCUGCAAUCAAGGCUAAUUGUCGCAAGGUCAUUUGCAUCGGUCGCAACUAUGCUGAUCACAUCGCAGAGCUCAACAACGCCAAACCGAAACAACCCUUCUUCUUCCUGAAGCCCUCCUCAGCCAUUCUAUGUCCUGGGGAAGGUCCGGUUCUCCGGCCCAAGGGAACAAACCUACAUUAUGAGGUGGAAUUGGGGUUGGUGAUGGGCAGAACCCUUCGGGAUCUGGACCCGAAGGACAACAAGGGCGCAUUGGAUGCGAUUCAUAGCUACCUACUUGCCAUUGACAUGACUGCCCGCAAUGUCCAAGACGAAGCGAAGAAGAAAGGUCUCCCAUGGUCUAUCGCCAAGGGCUUCGAUACCUUCCUGCCAAUUUCACAGCAGAUCGCUAAAUCGCGCAUCCCGAACCCCCACGAUGCCUUCCUCCGUCUGAGCGUGGGGUCGCAGUUGCGUCAGGCGGAUUCCACCAGCUUGAUGCUCUACCGUAUCCCCAGAGUGUUGGCGGAGAUUUCCCGUGUUAUGACGCUGGAGGAAGGCGACGUGGUGCUGACGGGAACCCCCAAGGGUGUUGGAGAGGUGAAGUCGGGUAAUGUGAUGAAGGCCUCGAUCGAAGUGGGUGGAAAGGAGCUGGAAGAAGGACGCAUCGAAGUCGAGGUGAAGGACCGAGAGGGAAGAUAUGUCUACGGUGAGACUUAG